AAUGCCAGCCUCAAAUUUCGUCUUCCCUAGGACAAACUGGAUUCAAUGUCCUCCAAACUAGAUGAAGGCAUUUUGCUAAGUGGGUGCCAGGCAAAUGAGAAAUCUGUAGACAUGAGUGAGAGUAAAGGCGGAGGGAAGGCAUGUGGGGUGUUUAGCAAUGCGAUGCAGAUGGUGUUGAAGUAGAACUCAGGUCCGUUAAGCAACAAGGAAGUUGUGAUGAUGGCCAAGAAGGUUUUACAGGCACAAUAAUUCGAGCAACAUCCUUACUUGUAUUGCAAUGAUGAGAAUGUUGGUGCUACCUUCUUGUGGCGGCUUCAGUGCUAGCUUUUAUCCCAAGUGUUUUCCCUUUGGGAUUCAUUGAUCCAUGGUUUCAAUUUGCAAGUUCGUGAGUUGGAAUAAUAAGUAAUUUUUUUA